ACUAAAACCCCGGAAUGGGCAAAGUCCAUGAACUCCAAGAGCCAAUCUUUCCAUUUUGUUGAGAACUAACGAUGGCUGCUGCGAACUUCUUGUCCCAGCUUUCCACAACAAAUCUGGUAUUGCGGUCGGAUUUCAGAAGGCUUUUCCAUGCUCAUCCUCUUCAACCUCAAAUCCUUAACAAUUCAUGGCUGGGUACCAAACUUUGGCUUCAACCUCAACCUAAUAAUGUCAGAACACCCGUGUCCAAGCUCCGCCCUUUCGUCGCCAUCGUCUCCUUCAGCCUCCCGACUGCAGAUCCCGAGCGAGUUUCUUCCGGCCAGAAAGUUCCCAAAUGGUCUUCGAAGGCUAUAAAAUCAUUUGCAAUGGCUGAACUGGAGGCGAGAAAACUCAAGUAUCCCAAUACUGGUACUGAAUCCCUUCUUAUGGGAGUUCUUAUCGAGGGAACUAGUCCAGCCUCGAAAUACUUGCGAGCCAAUGGAAUCACACUUCUAAAGGUGCGUGAUGAAGCUUUGAAGGCACUUGGAAAAGCAGAUUUGUAUUUCUUCAGUCCUGAGCAUCCUCCACUAACUGAAGAAGCUCAGAGGGCCCUUGACUGGGCUGUUGAUCGGAAACUUAAUUCUGGUCAUGAUGGGGAAAUUACUACAACACAUUUACUUCUGGGCAUUUGGGCUGAAGCAGAAUCACCUGGUCACAAGAUACUGGCUGCCCUUGGCUUUGAUGCCGAGAAAGCUAAAGAGCUAGAGGCCCUGAUAUCUAAUCCAAAGUUUACAGAUGAUUGAUGUUUGCUUUGAUAUUUAUAAACAAAAGAAUUGCUUUGAGUGCGUUGUAAUCAGUGUUGCAUUUAAUUGUAUAAUAGAUGAAUGGGCUGUUCUGCUCCAUUGAUUUAAAUUGCAGGUCUUCUACUUUCAA